AUGGGUGAUUAUGGAAAUGGAAAUGAGGAAGUGGAUAUAGCGACUGUUGUUGAAGAAAGUGACCAGAAUACCUGGACGUCGCGACAGGCAAAUCUAUGGCAGGAAUUAGAGAAUUACCAACGUCAACCACCUGCGAUAGUUCUAUUGUACGUCUUUUCCAGCUUUGACCAGCACAAUCUCACACCGGAAAACAGAUACGCCAAUUACCCCGAGGAAAGCAUUGACGACUCGCCCGUCCUAAGACAAAAAAAUCCAAAUAUCUUUUUCCCACCCGACUUCUUCCCCGUCAUCAAGGCAGACCUGAACGGGACAUUCUUCUGCGACUAUGAUAUUGAUGACGAAGGAAAAGUCACCAAGCAUUUAUCAUGGACCUGCUUCAAGAUCAAGCACGUCGUCAAACCAGGCGUAUACGCCUGGAUCCAAACGGCUGUCUUCGUCCAAUGGCACCCGCAAGCAAACCGGCAGCUCGUCUUCUUCCUGAACCUACCGGACGUCAUGGCACAGUAUCUCGCCGCGCAUCGACCCUCCCCAACCCAGCGCGGGAAUCCAUACAUCUGGCACACGCUUUUCGCACAAGGCGUGGUGGAAGAAUACGAUACGUCAAUCUGGUCUCUGCGUCAUCUCGUCCGGCCUAUCGAAAAGCCAAUGUUCUGCUUCCCAAAGCUAAAAGCAGCCCAGGCCCGCAACGAACCAAAACCACCCGUGCUUAACUUCCCCAACCUCCACGACAUCGCCCGACACAUCUUCCACGCGAACGAAACCCUCGCGGUCGCGACGCACACAAUGCAAUCUCUAAUCGACGAGCAGGCGCGCUUCCGCGCCGAGCAUCCAGUCUUGAUAAACAAAAACAGGGGCAGCUGGAUCCACACCGCGCAGCGGGCGCACUUCGUCGCGAAACAGCUGCAUUCGCUCCUGACGCGGUCGCAAUCGCUGAGUGAGCGGCUGCGCAACGAGAUCAAUCUGGCGUUUAAUCUUGUUUCGCAGAAGGAUGGUGCGAUGAUGAAGACGGUGGCGGUUGUGAGUAUGCUUUAUUUGCCGGGGACGUUUAUAUCGGGUCUGUUCGGGACGAACUUCUUCAAUCUGUCGAAUGAUGGUGGGGCGAAGUCGUGGAUCAUGUCGGGGAAUUUCUGGCUGUAUUGGGUUAUCACGCUGCCGCUGACGUUGGCGACGGUGCUGGUUUGGGCCUCGUGGCAUUAUUUCCCGCACUAUUACCCACGUAUGUCUCUUAAGCCGCUGAAGGGCGCUGACUCGGUUGCCUGA